AACUUUAUUACGGACACACACAGGAAAGCACAUUGCGAUGUGGAGUUAUGUGAGGUUGUAGGUGGAACAUGGCUCAGAUGUCUGAAAACCGUACCGACUCAGAAAGAGAAACCGGGGUUGUGUUGGGCUUUUUAGAGGAGUCAGAACCUUGGCAGCUCGCUAGUGCUCAGUUUCCAAGCAAAGUCGGAGGAAGACCCGCCUGGUUGAGUCAGCUGAAUUUACCAGCCGGCGAGGAGCUCGUGUGUGAGAAAUGCCAGCUUCCGACAGUUUUUCUUCUACAAGUUUAUGCCCCUAUAGUUGGACAAGAUCGGAGUUUUCACAGGACACUGUAUGUAUUCUGCUGCAGGACACCUGAGUGCUACACGGCAAACGACAACCGGUGUUUUAAAGUGUACAGAAGCCAGUUACCUAGGAAAAAUGAUUUUUAUCCAUAUGACCCUCCCCCUGACGAAGAGCCAGCCACCAGUGCAGAUGAGUGUAAACUAGAAUCAGGAGUGAAACUCUGCAGGCUGUGUGGCUGCGCCGGACACAAAUCGUGUUCUCGGUGCCACGCAGUCACAUACUGCAGCAAAGAGCAUCAGACUAUAGAUUGGAAACAACGCCACAAGAAAGAAUGCAGUAGUGAAUCUUCCGCUUUUUCUGAUGCUGUAAGUUUGUUUUUGUUUCCUGAGUGGGAGUUGGUAACAGAACCUGAAGAACACCCUUUAAAGGAUGAUGAGCCUCCUGAUGCAAACAUAUCGGCGCAGGCAAAUAUUGCAUCUUCAGAUUUGGAGGAGAGCGAGUUAGAGUCCAUGGCCCUCCAUGAAUCACAAGACAGUAAAGUGUUUCAGAAAUUCAAGGUGCACAUUGCUGCAGCGCCACAUCAGGUUUUGCGAUAUUGCAAAGAAGGAUCUCCACUUUGGUUGUCAUCUGAACACGUGCCCAGCAAAGACGACAUUCCAAAAUGCCCAUGCGGCACCAACAGAAUCUUUGAAUUUCAGAUCAUGCCUCAGUUGCUUAAUCACCUAAAGGUGGACAGAACAGAUGCCAGCAUUGACUGGGGGACACUAGCCAUCUACACAUGUGCUGCCAGCUGUGAUCAGGGCAAAAACUAUUCAGCAGAAUUCAUUUGGAAACAAGACAUCCCAGAAGACCGUGCAGUUUAACUAGUACAUAAUAACCACCUGUUAUGGCAACAUUUCUUGUCAUGUUUUUCCACAUUAUGUGCACAAAAAAUAAUUAAAUAAAACACCUCCAUAGAAUAAACUGUC